UAAUUGUUUGGCCUCAGGCAACCCAACACUGGAGCCUACCGGGGCUCUUUGGUGGGGCUAAUGGCGGACUCUGGGAGAGCUCACACCAAGGAGUACUUCCCAGAACUUCUACUGCCAGUGUACUUGUCCUCACGGUGACACACAGCCACCCUCCGCCUCUGAAGGAGACCCUCCAACACUAGCAGAGAUUGGGAGGUGACGUUGGCAGGAGACAUGGAUGUGUGCUGCUAUCAGGAUGUACAAAGGGCAAAGAGGAUGAUGAUACAGAGCCAGUUCACGGUGAAGUGAGAUGCUCCCCACAGAAUCACAGCAGCUCUACUCUCACUGGCCAAUGAGCCCACCCACAGUUCCAGUGGAAUGUGGUGCAUGAAACUCCUCUCCUGCAGGUCUGUGGAUGGUUUCUGUGGCUGCUUAACUGUGGUACCAUUUUGUCUUAGAGGUGAAGUGGAGAGCAGUUAUAAGACACCUGGUUCAAGCUCACCACACCUGAGCCUAAAAUGGAAUUCCAGCAAGUCUGGCCAACUUGGAUCACCGCGGUGUCUCCUUGAAGAGCAUCUAUCCUAAGGGCAGAUGGAGCCAGGACCAACUUGCUAAAGUAAAUCCAGAUUGAUAGACCUAGAAUCUUGUGGACUGCCAUGCUCAGCAGGAAGGCAUGGUUCUCAAUGGAAGUAGCAAGGGCUUCGCAGAGGUGAUGCUGCACAUCGGAAUGCGCAACAGCUCAGAGCUACCACAGUGGCACACAGUAGGAGAGACCAAUACUCAGAAGAAGGAACGGAAUCAUAUCUGUCCUGAGCUCAAGAGGAGACUCCCAGAAACCACUGCUCUCAACUCAAAGAAGACUCAGGAGAAGGGAAGACCCCGGGGCUGCGAGGCCCGGGACAGGUCCAAGACUCCGCCGGAGGAGCCGGCCCUGAGCCUCCAGGACCAGGAGAACUGUAACGCGAGCCCCGAGGCCGAAGCAGGGCCGGGCGGGGGAGGCGACGGUUUCCCAGCGCUGGCCUGCAGCCUGGAGGAAAAGCUGAGCCUGUGUUUCCGUCCCUCCGGUCCGGGUGCCGAGCCCCCCAGGGCGGCCGUGCGGCCCAUCACCGAAUGCAGCCUCCUGCAGGGGGACGAGAUUUGGAAUGCCCUGACAGAUAAUUACGGAAAUGUAAUGCCUGUAGACUGGAAGUCAUCCCAUACUAGGACCUUGCAUUUGCUUACUCUGAACCUCUCAGAAAAAAGGACGAGUGACAGCUUGCUCUUUGAUACCUCAGACGAUGAGGAGCUGCGAGAACAGCUGGAUAUGCAUUCAAUCAUCGUCUCCUGCGUUAACGACGAGCCCCUCUUCACGGCAGACCAGGUGAUUGAAGAAAUCGAAGAAAUGAUGCAGGAGUCACCAGACCCAGAAGAUGAUGAAACACCCACCCAGUCAGAUCGGCUUUCAAUGCUUUCCCAGGAAAUUCAAACUCUUAAGAGGUCUAGUACAAGCAGUUAUGAAGAGAGAGUGAAAAGGCUGUCCGUAUCUGAAUUAAAUGAACUGCUGGAAGAAAUUGAGACGGCCAUCAAGGAGUACUCUGAAGAGCUGGUGCAGCAGCUGGCCCUGCGAGAUGAACUGGAGUUUGAAAAGGAAGUGAAGAACAGCUUUAUUUCAGUUCUCAUUGAAGUGCAGAACAAACAGAAAGAGCACAGAGAAACAGCCAAAAAGAAAAAGAAGCUCAAGAACAGCAGCUCUCAGAAUGGGAAGAACGAGAGAAGUCACCUGCCCGGCACACGCUUCAGCAUGGAAGGGAUCUCAAAUGUCAUUCAGAAUGGCCUCCGCCACACCUUUGGAAAUUCAGGUGGAGAGAAACAGUACUUGACAACAGUCAUUCCUUAUGAGAAAAAAAAUGGACCACCAUCUAUUGAAGAUCUUCAAAUAUUAACAAAAAUUCUUUGUGCCAUGAAAGAGGAUAGUGAAAAAGUUCCGAGUUUGUUAACUGAUUAUAUACUGAAAGUUCUGUGUCCUACAUAGGGCAGCAUAACUUCAGGAAUAGCUUUAUCGUCUGUGGACAGCAAACUAAAUUGCUUAUAGCAUCAUUCUGAAAGCUGGCUACCGUUACCUUCCUGCUAUUGGAAACUCAGGACACCUGAACUUGGUGCUGGAUUCCUCCCCUCACUCUUCACACAUUGUCCAUCAUUACAGUGGUGAAAUCUUGAUUUGCCUCAUGAUGCUAAGGAGGGCAGAGAGGGACUUUUUUCAGAUCGUGCUAAGCUGCUGUGGAAUGAUGGAAGUCCUGUUCUUUUUCUGGGUCCGUGAGACAUUCCUAACAGCCAUGGCAGCUUCUUCCCAUUGACAACAUGAGUGUAAGUAGAGUCUCUAUAGGACCUGCUGUCGGGGGGGGCUUUUAAAAUUCCACUUAAACAUCUGUGAGCAUACAGAGCUACCCGGCUCAGUAAACGGGACACCAGGACUGCAACGGCAGUAGCUCAGUUUGGAGUUGAUGCCAGCGUGGCACUUAAGCCGUUCUCUAGGAGUAUGUGGAACUUGAGAUGGUUCCUUGUUUUAUUAAUGUCUUAUUUGAUAGCGAAUAUGUGGAACUAAUUUGUCCCUUGCCCUUGAAUUGAUGAAGAUGCAUACUAAUACAAUAAUAUUAAUAAUUUAAUCUGAAUUUGUAAAAAUUGUCUUAUACUGAAGAAAUAUCACUUUGGAGGGCAUCCGAAAGAGUCAAAAGAGAUUUUUUUUGAAGCGACUCAACAGUGCUCUGUUUAUAGUUCAUUCUUAAGUUGAUGCAUCUGAAAUGUAUGAAAAAUAUGCUAUUUUUUCCUAUCAACUCAAAGUCCCCUUUUAAUGAGGUUUCCUCUAUUUUGCUUGGUAACCUCUUUCUUCAGCAUUAGUAAAAUCCUAGGGUUUCCCACUACAGCCUUUCUCCUACACAUGAUGAAUGAGUUUGACACUAAUGAUGAGAUGGGCGUGUUUCUGAUCUGUGACUGACAACAGGAUUCCUUGGGAAGGGCCUGCCUUCUUAGAGAAGCACUGGGGCUGCUUGUGACGCCGGAACUGACAGCCUUAAAGUAAAAGGACGAGUCAUCUUUCUCAUCUCAGACACAGAAUCUUUUUGAAAGUGACGCUGUGUGAUUUAGAGUCAAAGUGUUUAUUUGCUGCCAAGAAUCAAGUUGCAGAGCUUCAACGAAAACUAUGAACAACCGACAGAACAGAAGAAAGCAACAACAAACAAGGAAGUAUAGCCCCUGGGAAUGCCUGGUGUCCUUCCCCCUCUUCUCCUUCCUGCCACGCUGCUGUCAGAAAAGCUCCAGUGCUCACGUCAAGAAACGACUCGGGUUUUAUUCAUUUGCUGACUCUGCUAGGAACUGGCUGAUUGACUGACUUGGAAGAAAAAGAAAGCAGCAAAAAGUAUAACUGUAUAUAUAUCCUUAAUCACCCGCUUUAGAGAAACGUCGCUACCCCAUUUCUCUUGCUUCCUCACCACCUACUGCAGCUGUGACUGUAUAUAAAAGAAGCAUGUGGCUUUAGGCCUGGGUUGGCUAUCAAAAGGGUCUGAUGUGCUCGUCUGGUAGUCUAAGGUGGUUAUGGCAGCUGGAUCGCAAGGCCUUUUUGUUUUCCUGCUCACUCAGGCCUGAGCUUUGCAGCAACCAGUGCAAGUCUUCUGAGCAACAGGAAAAAAAUAUCCUCUGGGCCACUGGACUGGAUUUCUCCACAAGCCAAGCUGACCUAUUUGUCUUCCCAACACCACCCUCCCACCCAUUCGCCCCAACCAAACUCACUGUCCCCGUCCCCAAGUAUCUCUACAGCUAUAUUACAAGCAAAUAUACCUUAGCAACUUUCAAACCUUUGGUUCUAAGACAACACUUGGUCGGUUAUCUUGAGGAAGAGUGGGAAUGCUUGUUCUGCACACUGCUGUCGACAGAGCCCAGCCCAGGAAGUCCUCAGCGCUGUACAUCAAGUCACAAUCCAAAACAAUCCACUAAGCAAGUGCACGAAUUCUAGUUAAAGAGCAGAUUGAGUCGUUUUUCUGUCUUUCAAAACCUCAUCCACACUGCCUCUCUUCACACCGUUUGGUAGAAAUUGUCUGCCUGUAGGUGGUUCUGUUUUUGCAUGCUGUAGAAGCCACUGAAUCUGGCGUCUGGUUCUGCGAUUCUCAGCAUUCUCUGGGAACCGUCCACCUGGACUCGGGUUCCUUUCUUGCAGUCCACAGAUACCAGCUGAUUAUUUAAAGAAGAAGGCUAUUUAAUGGGAGGAGGAAAAAGAACCACAAAGAAUUAACUGCUUUACAUAUCUCAAACCAACAGAUAUUUAGUACCUCAUUCAAGUGAGAAAACAGCAUCACAGCACAUGGAUGGGCAGACUGCAUGGGUUCACAUCAUGCUCUGGUGCCAACUAUACUUCCUUUGUGGCUGCGCUGCAUGGCAUGUGGUACCUUAGCUCCCCAACCAGGGAUCCAGCCUGUGCCCCCUGCAGUGGAAGUGUGGAGCCUUAACCACUGGACCACCAGGGAAGUGCUGCCAACUAUACUCUUAUGAGGAAUACUGACAAACUGUGUAGGGGUGAAAUGUCAAAUUAUGUCAAACGGAGGGGAUGAAGGAACUGAGAAAAUACGGAAGUGACAUAAUUAUUUUCAAAUCCUUGAAGUACAGACUAGUGCUUAAGAGGGUUGAAAGAUGAGUGGAAGGUACCAGAUAGACAGAUUUUAAGAUAAACGGACCAUUUCUUAUCAGGCUGUAAAAUCAGCAUCCCAGGUUGGGCCAGUCUGUCUGUAUCCAGCCAUACACACUAUGAUAUGAGCAGCUCUCUCCCCAGCUUUGCAGGUAGGGACUGUGUCUCGUGCAGCCCUGUAUCCUGACCCAGCAUGCGCCCAGCACAGAGGCAAUUUACAUAUUUGUUGUAAGAAAAUCAGUGAAAGUAUUAUUGUCUGUAUGGUAAAUGGGCUGUUUUCAAUUCUUGAGGUUGUAUAUCUUUUUUCUUUAGUAAAAACCAAACUGCAAAAAGUA